AUGGCAACACUCCAUGUUCUGGCUGUGUGGCAAGCGACAGUAUUUGCGAAUACAGCGCAAGGAGGCGGAGAGAAGCAAGGGACUGCCUUGCAAAGACUUUAUUGGGCAUGCCGAGAAGGUCGCGGAUUUCCUGGCGUAAUCCCAGACGAAAGCAGCGGUCGUGUCUCCACCGACGCCAUCCUUCGCGGCCUAGGGCUGGAAUCUCCUGCGGUAGAGCGUUCAAAGCCUGUCAAGAGUCAAUCGGAUUCAUUACUGGACGGGGUCGACGCACGUUCCGAACGGUCGUAUCAGCCGCCAGACAUGCCACCAAAGCUUACACCUCGUCCGUCGAUACAAUCGACAGGACAAACGCCGCUUUUGUCGAUACAAGAUGGUGAUAUGGUGGAUGGGACGGAUGGGGUGGACGGUGUUGACGGUGUUGACGGAGUCGAUGGUGCUGACGAGGAAGACGAUGUUGACGGGGUGUCAGAUUCGGACGAGGUGCACUCGAGGCCCCAAGAAAUGUCGACCCAACAUCAAGCCGACGGUAUACCUGCAGAUCUCGGUCAGCAAUUUCGGCAGCCUCCAGAUGACCCUGGCGACGUUUCAAUGAUUCAGGGAGCGAGUAUGGGGAUGAUGAAUAUGCAUUCCCCAAUGUACGCUCACAUGGGGGGAAUGGCUUUCCAGACUCCGGCACAUUUAGACGGCCAAAGUGGGCCAGCACCCAUGCAGAUGGGGCAACAACGGCACGAUAGCAUGCAAGGUAAUGCCUUUGGAUCUGCAAAUCAAGCAGGAUGGACUUCUGGUCGGCCAACGGCUGUGGACGGAGAUACCUUGCCAUGGCCAGGCAAUCUUGCAGCCCUGUAUAGAGACACGACGCCCCCAGGCGGGGGCAGUGGCUUCAAUCCGCCGAAUCGUCGCAGGUGAAACCAACAUCAAAGCCCAAAUGGGCUCUUGGUUUUGAAGACCUGCCGUCG